AUGAAGCGUCCAUCGUACUGCCGCCGUAUUCAUGGUAAGAUUAAACGAUCCCUUAACAUCGAUGGCACGGCGCUCUAUCGUGUUGAGGAAACGUCCUGUGACUGUCCUCCACCACCAUCUUUUCCACUUCGCCAGCCCCGUGUUGUGCUUACUAAGGGCAGAAGUGAAACGACGCUAAACAGACCAGCAAACCAAAGUGAAAUGUGGAGCCCUGCACGCACGAUCAAAGAUAGUGGCGGGCGGAGUUAUAGUGCACAGUCGCUGCCGUAUUCUUUGCCCAAUAUCGUAGCGAUAGCUCCUGAGGUGGAUCCAGAGAAUGUUGAUCGUAGUACCUACCCUCUACCUGUCCAGGAGCUAGCUAUUCCCACGAUACCUGUUGAUAUACCGCCCUCCGCAGCAUUUGCGGUUAGGAAUGCAGUCGAAUCAAGCGAAAGGCUGGUGGACGAUAGGAUGGCCUCUCCCGCGCUGGAUUGUAAUGUGCCGAUGCCAUCACGAUUAGAAUAUCUUACAACCCCUGAGGGCGUAGUGAAAGCGGACGGAAUUUCACAUCUCAUUCCAGCAUCGCCCUCCCAUGCGCAAAACCCUACCACCCAAGCUGCUUGUUGGUCUUUUUGCCCCCACUGCGGUGCGCGCGUGGGCUCGGAGGCCGCCACCGCGGCCUUUCAUUCCUCGUCCUACGCACAGGAGAACGGCAGCCCCCAGUCCUGUGCUCACGUAGGCACGAACUUGCUUCGGCCGCGACCUCCUGCGGCGGUGCCUGUCCCACCCCCAACCGCCGCGGGCAUCCAGAGAAAACGGCCGCCGCUGCAGGCGUUGUCUCUCGACACGGCGGCUCUCGACUUGGAUGUUGUGAACGCCGUGCUGGAUCGUAUGCUGGAUCGCGCGGAGGAGCACGGUGGGAUGGUGGUAUCACCCUGCGGCUUGCCGUCGUGCGGGAUGUGCGAUGAGGCACCGCAUGAGGCCGAUUCCGCGGGGAAAGUGGCAGCUGCUCCGUCUAAGUGCAUGGAAUCGGAUGAUGGGGUUAUGCGAUGUGGGGCGAUGAAAGCCGUACACAGUGAUAGUGGCUGGUGGAGCGGCAGUGCGGCGGUGGCGAUCAUUCAUAACCACUAUUUCCUCAACUAG